AUGUUCCAAGCCAGGUAUAUCCGAUACCCACAGCUGGAAAUCACAGACGUGACUAGGGACAGGAUAAAGUUUACUCUCAAAAAUUGUGAUGUGUCAUUCGCUAAUGCUCUCAGACGUGUCAUGAUAGCCGAGGUUCCGACUAUGGCAAUAGACUUGGUGAGUAUAGAAGAAAACUCGGGUGUGUUGCAAGAUGAAAUGCUGGCGCACCGUCUGGGUCUUUUACCCAUUGAUUCAACGAAUAUUCGGAAAUAUGUUAAUAAGAGUGAGU